AUGGGUCAAGCAAAGUCCUCCGUGUCAGCUGAUCCCGAUCCGCCAAAGUCUUCGGUAAAACCUAAUGCUCCCAAUCAAGGAGGAUAUACCUCCAGUCUAUCUCCUCCAUCUACUAGCGGUAAAUUGCUUGGUCCUGGGUCUCCACCACCAGCCAGUGAACCAUCGUCGAGUACUCUGUCUGGAUCCUCAACAAGUGACCCCUCACCGCAAGCUAGCACACAAUCACCGAGCCUCGUGUUACCACCGCAAAAAGGAAAUGUUCCAUUCCGCUCGGUAUCGAGCAAUACCUCAUCUGACCGAGUGAUACAAAAUUCGGAUGAUGAAGAUGAGGAUUCAGAUAGCUCACUGGAAGAUCUCUCGGCAUUACUUGCAGCCAAGAGCUCUGAAGUCCGGGCAAAGCAAGUGAUGAAUAGGAUCACGCCUUCCACGCCACCAAAGCAUCCAGCAAGCACUGUUAACUUUCACAUCUCGCCCCUACCAGUAUUGCCAAAAUAUAAAUUCGAUUUGAAGUCUUUAGUCAGUCGCGCGGAGGACCACGAGGCUAUUGAAGCAAGUUCGAAACGAGUCAAGGCAAUGAUGGCUUCGAAGGACGAGGAUGAGGAUACAGCCAUGUCUGACCAUACUACAGAGCUGGCGAAAUUCCCUCACGGUGCAUUGCUGGGAUCGGUGGUAGCUGGCAGAGAGGAUCUGGAGGCUUACAAAGUUACCCGAGCCAUCAUGCGAACAGAAGCGACCGCGACGGAGAAGCGUUGGUAUUUCUUCGAUACGAAAUCCAACACACCUAAGCCUCAACGAACGCCUUUCCCAACCAAAGCUGUCCCAAAAAACUGGAAGAGAGAGCUGGUAGAUCCCAAGAUAAGAUACCAGACUUUCGUCUCUGGCUUUGCCGAAAAUUUGGUCUCACUUGGUAUGAAGUUACCAGACGAGCUUUUUCUCUGGAUGUUGGAUGAGGCGUGCUUGGAAACAAGUGAUCCACUUCGGACCUCUUACAUGGGUACCAUGAGGGAAAGCACAGAACAGAUCCAGCGAUUGCUAAGUCCGGACUUGGUCAGAAAAGUAUUUCAGCGUCUUGGGGGAAGCUCCGCUGGCACAGAGAUUGCCCAGAAGAUUGUCCUGGUUUCAAAGCUGUCUGACCCGUAUUCUAAUAGAGAUUGGGCAAAGCUGCUCUCAAUCAUCAAUUUCUUUGGCCAAAUAUCAAGGUCACUCCAACAAAAAAGUAGAGCGAGUAUCAUGUGUACACUUCUGCGGAUGAGUGUGGAUCAGGUGGUUUACGAAAACGUCGACCUGCUUGAUUCGGUCCAAGGCACGGUUAGUCGCUUAUGCAAGCAUACCCCCGAUGAGGAUUGGAAAACAUUUUGUCAAGAGGUCUGCAAACCGUUAUUUGAGUGCAUUGAGCAGCCGACUCUUCGUCUUAAGAUCGUGGACAGCAUAUCUUCAAUUACUCCCCGCACUCAUGACCUGAGAAGAAGGCUGGCCAUGUGCUUCUACUUUGACAACAUUUCAUAUUCGAAAGAUCACUCACACUUUGAAAUGGAUCUGGAUGCUUUCAUCAGACGUCUUGAUGAUCCUGACUUCCACACAAAUCCUCAGACUGACUACCGGGAGCUUACGGCUCUCAUAUUACUCCUCGAUAUUGCCGUCGACGACGGACGCUCAAUGAAUCUCGAUCUGUCUGACCCAGCAGUUGAGAAGAAGUUCGAUGAGAACAUUGAAGAUUUCGGUGCAACUAUCAAGGAUAUUAUGAGAUCAAUUGGCAAUCCGGGAGCCGCUUUUAUCUCAAGAAUUGAGGCCAAAGAGGUUUUGGAGUUGGUCAGCCAGAGAGUUUCCGAUACGCUGCGAAGCAAACCCAAACCUAAACCCAAGCAAACGUGGUUUGAAAAGGAGAAGCCUGUGGAGAAUCUCGAGUCGGAGAAGAAGGGUAUGGACAGUUUCGUUUCCAGAACGAAUAAGAUUGGGAGCGGAAGCAACACUCAGAAUCUAAAGUAA